UGUGUUGUUGUCGUCGGCGGCGGUGUGGUUGUGGUUGGCGGUUGUGUUGUUGUCGUCGGCGGUGGUGUGGUUGUGGUUGGCGGUUGUGUUGUUGUCGUCGGCGGUGGUGUGGUUGUGGUCGGCGGUGGUGUAGUUGUGGUUGGCGGCGGUGUAGUUGUGGUCGGGGCCUUGGUGGUAGCCGGUAUUGGUGGUAUUCUGAUUCUGAUUGGUGGUAAUUUGAAUCUAAAACGCCUUCUCGUCCAAGCAUCACCCGAAGAGAUCAAGUAUGCCAGCAGUGCCAAGGCCAGUAAUGAACAAAUAAUCUUUGCCAUUGUAUCUCUGAAAGAAAUGCUAAGAAAGAACAAUCACUAAUCUAAUAUUACCACCUUACUUGCAUUUAGAGCCUAUAACGAUUUUAAAGCAUGUCGGAUCACAAAGUGGAAAAUCCUAGUAUUAACUUUUCUUUUCCAGCAGUAUAAGAACAGCAAAUGAUCACUUGCUCGACCCGAGGGCGAGAAUCAGCGUGCAUUUCAAACUGUAAGUUAGUCCCAUGGACAAAGCUAAUUUAGAUUCAAAGCAGUACUUCAUUUGAUAACUAUAUGUCGAGCCCCGUGGAAGUUCAUUUGGUUGAAAGUCACCCAUUGAAAUCUAAUUUUCUGUAGCUCUGAUUGUAUUUUGCAACAAUUCACGUAGUUCAACUCCAAGAAAUCGUUGACUGUGGCACUGAGAAGUUCUAAAACAAACUUGUAAACCCGCCUGAAUUAUUCGACAAAGAGAUAAACUAUUUUCUGAUAAAUAAAGAUUUAUCAUAACUGAAUCCUUUGAUCAUGACCACCUAAGGGAGACGGAUAAUAUAAAUUUAUAACAUACUAUAUAAGCGUAGAAAUAAAUGAAAAAAGUUAAAGAGAAAUUCUACUUGAUCCGUAGAAUAGAUAUUUAAAGAGCUACCCAAUAUUGCGCUCUAGCUUCGUUUUUCUUCUUCUUCUUUUUUCUUUUCUCUUUACUCUUAGGUUAUUUGAUGCUGAGUGUCAGUGAAAUAAAAUUCAAAUUCACGAGAAAUUUGUGUAAAAGAGUUAUCUAUAGUUUUAAAGCAUUUGUAUGUUUGGUUCAAAGCAAAUGCCGCAAAUUAACUUUUUAAAAUAUUGUAUAUGCAUGAUACUAUCUUUUCAUAAUAAAACCUCGUGUAGAACAUAUACAGCAGCCUGAGUUUAAAAGUUUAGAACUUUUUAAGCUCAGUUACAUAAAAAAAAAAACAGUAUAAAAACGCGUUUUAAGCUGUCAACUACCAAAAAGGAACCACUGAAUACAGGGGCACUCAACGACAAUUUUCGGAAAAAUAUCUGUUCGGAAGACGAUUUGAGAUCUAGAAUUUUCGGAACAUUUGUUGUAAAAUUUCUUGCUUGCCUGCCUCUCCUAUGAUUUUCGAACAUCUAAAAAAUGGUAAAAUUGCCCAUUUUCAACGGAUUUUUACCCUAAAAAGGUCACCUAGAAUUUUCGGAAGCCUUUUUUCUGGCUGAAAUUUUCGAACAGGUAAGUUUUGAUACCUAUAAUUUUCGGAUCACUAGACUUUCAGCUAGGAAAUCCGAACAGAUGAAAAAUUUAUAGGGGAUAAAAAUAUGCCCAUAUCCACCGUUUAAAUACUAAAACACGUUUAACAAUGUUAUGUUUAAGUGGUUUUGAACUAUAUAUUCUCGUUGGGUGCCCCUGUGAAUAUUUACCUCUCUGAAACGUACUCGGCUCAGAUCAACCUUCUCACUUUUUUGGUUUUCCUUUGCUGCAAACUUUCUAUGAACUCUCCGAGUUCAAGUAUUAAUUAAUCCCAACAACACAGCUGGAAUCACAGGUAUUGAAGUUGCUAAGAACAUUUGUUUGCAAUCAGAAUUUUAAAAGGCGCGAAAAAAUUCAUUGUGAAUAAUUUACCUGCGUGGUAGUCUAACGUAAGGAAAGAAGAAAUUGCCUGAUGUUACCUCUCAUGUUCACCAAGCGCAAAUUCUACAAUUCCACUAUUAUGUGACAUAAUAUUAAGAAGUGAUUGCAAGAAGUUACAAGGUAGUUAUCGUUUAAAUCUGGGCUUAUCUUUCUGUUUAGUCAACUUAAUUAGUUGCCAAUUGAUUCAAAUGAAUUAGUUCUAAUUAUAAUAUCACUGUUGGUAAAUUCUCUCAGGCUCUUUCACAUUGGUUAUCAUCCACAGCUGUUGACGAGUCCUAAAACUGUGAACAACUUCAUGAAAAAUAUAUGGAAAUAUUCAUAAGUCCAGUUAUUUCAAUCUGUUACUUAAACUCUACUGAACUGAAUUGGCUAAACAGCCUCACGCACUAAGUCCGUCGCUCUUAAUAGGCUCUGAGAAUGAACUUAAAAUAUACUUAUCUAAGGCCACUCCGACCAAAGAUGAAUUUUGAUCUUGCGUCUACAUACAUUACAGACUUGUUAGACAAUAAAUUAUCACGAUGAAAAGCAAUGAUCGAGGUGGUAAGGCUAUGUUUUAACAACGUUUGGUUUUAUCAGCAGCAUAAAGGCAUUUAGGCGCUGACUUUUUUAGAGUAAGCACUCAUUUGGAGAGAAUAGGAAGGACGAAACUAGGCUAGCCCUCGAACGAAAUACUUCAACUUUACAUGGAGGAAACCACACUUUUGAUUAGAGAGAUUAAGAUUCACGUUUACGCCAAACGGCGAACGUCAGAUUCAAGUUGAGAAUUUCUCAGAGUAGAAAAUAAGCAGAUAAAAACUGUCCAGAACAAUUCUUAUGUAUAAAACUGGCGUGAAACUACUUGUUUUUUAGUUAAAGUAAUAAACAGUUAACAACAAUUAAGGGAAAAACUUGGUCACAAGGUACAAAUUCACGUUUGCCGUUUGGAGUAAACGUGAAUCUUAAUAUCUCUAUUAAUAAUUGAUUUCCUCCCACACAAAUGCUUUAUUUUUUUCUUGAGUAAAAAUAAUAGGAAGCAAAUAAUUAUUUUAACAAGCAGGUCAUUCUCAGACAGAGCAAGACAAGCCGAAAUUUUGUGCAGGAUAAAACCGUCAGUAACUGAUCAAAGAGCUAAUUAAAGAUUAUUAAUAGUAAUUCUACAAAACGAUGAUUGAAUUCGAAUUGAAUUCAAUGCGUUAAUUGUACAUGAUGUAAAUCAGAGAGAAUAGAAGAGUCAGUUAUCAUUAAAGCGCCAUGGUCUUCAACUUCACUCUUGAAUUGACUUUGAUAAGAUUCUUCAUCGAACGAAUCUUCUUCUUUGGAGACGACUGAGGUUUAAUCCACGAAAUCCACGCAUUUUGUGAGUAAAUUAUCAACAGCUUACUUCUUAAACACAUAACAUUUGAUAGUACAUAUCCCGGCAUUAUUUUAAGGUUUUGUUAACUUGGUGUCUCUUCGGCUAUUACAACAUGAGAAGAGCAAUCGAUAAAAACAUGCAAUUCUUAAUUGAUUGAUAUCCAUUUUAUCGAUCGAUCGAUAGAAAUCAAUGGUAACAACUGCUCUCGCUGUUAGUGCUGUCGAUGUUGUCAAUUUUAUUGAUUGUUAGUCGCCUUUGAGGACCGAACAAUUUCCCGACAAAGCCCCCAAUAAAACAUAUUGGAAACAUAGUCUUCUUCUGAUGGCCGCGUGGCUCGCGUGUUGCGAGGACUCCUUCGGUGUCGGCCGAAGGCCGAAGCCACGAACGGGUCACCAAAAAGACGACCAAAAGCGGAAACCACUCAUGAAAAGUCUCCGGCACCCAUGCAGGGUAGUAUAGCUAGCGAUUGGUAAUAUUUUUAAAACGGCGGAGGGGUUUCUGACAAAUGGACACUAGAAUCUUUGUUGAGCGCUGGAACUAAAAGUAUCCUCACUACUUAUAUAAAAACAAAAUUAUGAAUGAAGGCGUUCUUUUCUUAAUCCCUGCCAUGACUUUAAAAAGUAGCCUGUGAACAGGCCUUUGAUCGAGCGGGGAAUUAGGGAGAGGGAAAAGCGAAAAGGCCUGUGGACAAGCCUUUGGGACCGCCGUUCCACGGCACCCGCUGUGCAUCAGAUCCUGAUGCAAGUUCUUAUUGGCGAGAACACUGACUGUUGAAAGGUCUGAUUGACAUCGGCUUUUCGGUCGGCACGUAAUACGCGUUUGGAAAUAACAAAACACUCCAAAGACUGUUAAGCUUGUUCAAAAGCUAUUACCAAGGGAGGAACUACGCGCUCCAGUCAAAAGACUCACACUAUCUAAUGGAUAGAAAAACACUAGGCUGGAGUUUGACGAGUCAAAAUGCAAUUCUCCAUAGUUGAUGUAGCUUCGGUUUAAGCUGCACUUGAAUCUUAUAACUUUGGAUCUGUAAAUUACUAUCCGUGAUCAUUUUAAACAUUCUGCAAAGAAAACUAACGACCUGGGCCCAGCGUGAUACAACAUUUCAGAAAAACAUUACAUUUACGGACUAAAGAAAAUCGCUUAGUUAUUCAGAUCCAGAGGGCACUUUGGAGAAAAGUACGACCCUUAUUCAGCCGCAAUAAAAAGCUUUACCCUUCAAAAGAGGUCAAAGAAAAUGCUCUUGCAUCAGAGAGGGCAAAUCCUGCCGACCAGAGACAAAAACCACAGUACAGUACAGUACAGUGAAGUAUAGACAUGGCCUGAAUCUCAAGAAUUUAAUUUCCGCCUUAUGCCACUCACACGCAAAUUCGAAGCGGAUCGUUAUCAGCUGGUGUCGAUAGAAAUCACAGAGAUAUUAAGGAAACUAAUCUUUAAAUUGAACUGUUAAGAGUUGUUAUAGAUAGAUAUAUAAAUAAAUUGUUAAGAGAAUUCUAUACUCAUGGAGUUGUGCACGUGAUCCUAUGAAAGUCUGCUACUUUCAAAGUUGAAUAUCCACUUCAAAAAAAAAAUUAAUGUCUUCUCCCCUUACCCUAGCCUGCGUGGCAGGUGUUCAAAACGGAAAGGAAAGGUGAUUUUGGGCGCGUGAGAAGCGCUAAGUGCGCGCGAGGUCACCGACCCAAAUUCCCUUUCCCUUCCCUUUCGAAUGCCUGCUAUGCAGGAUACCCUAACUCGGCCCAGCCCUAAUGUUUCGUUGUCCAAAUGCAAGCUAACUGAAUGAAACAUCAAGCAAUUAAACUUUGAUUGGAGGGGUGGGGGAGGAGUGCAGAUUGUUUUCUUCAUCUCCUUCUUCAUUUCCUUAUUGUUAUAUUCCUAGACUUUCACUCAACUAAACAGGGACUGCCAUUGGUUGAUUCUUGGUCACGUGGCCUUGACUAAAAUCAAAUGUAUCCCGAUCGUGAUACAUUAAACAAUGUAUCCCGCUCGGGAUACAUUGCAGCACGUGAUCAAAGUAUGGUGGAAACUGGUGUGACAGAAGGCGGGAAAAACACCGCCAAGCCCUGCCAGUUUUCUUUUUCAUGAAUGAACUCAACAACACAAAAACGAAGCCUCAAGCUAAAAAGCAACCAUUUUUAAAGUUAUCCCAGAAGUUCCCAGAAGAAAAACAGCAGCUAGUGGAGGAAAAAGAUGCAGAUAAUAUGAGGAAAGUACUUUUGUUUGUAAAUCAUUCAUUCAGUGGUUUUGAGAAUUAAAUUUGUAUUGUUAUAAGUACCGAGUCGACUGUUUUGGUUCGCUCCGGUUAUUCUUUUGUUGCUGUUGAAGUGAAAGUCUAGAAAUAUAACAAAACAGUUAAUGUCAGGUCCCUCGGGAAACCAGUUAGUUUUGUUUUCCCUCGAGUCCUGAUGUUUCCCUCUACUUCGUCUCGGGAAACAUCAGGACUCUUGGGAAAACAAAACUAACUGUUUCCCUCGGGAUCUGACAUUAAGUGUAUAAUGUACCUAUCAAGGUAAAGCCGGUGGGGGGUGGGGGGCGGCGGGGAGAGGAAGGGCAUGGAGAAGGGAUUUGAUUGUCUUUGUUGGCCCUGGGGUAGAGCAUUUGACCAAUCUUGUUCUCCAGUGGGAGGGGAUAUUUGAAUCAGUUUCUUCGCCGACGUGGGACCGACAUGGGCGGGAUGGAUUUGACUCGGCCGACAGGGACGAAAGAGACUGAGACCGAACAUAUGUUUCCCCACUUCCACGCACGCGACCCUACGGUCUGGAAAGAUCUGUCAUGCGUUUUAUACAUGAGCCUCUGGCUAGGAUGAUCGGGACAACCCCAUCCCACGUAUUGAUGUUAAUAAAUUGAUUGAUUGAUUGAUUGCAGGGUUGUAUUUGGAGAUAUUUUAAUUAUACCUUUCUUGGGUCCAGCCUUGGGAUGGACAAAAAUGUGCAGCCCGAGGUGGGAGGGAAUUUGACGGCAAAUUUUUGAAAAAUGUCAAAUCCCCAUGCCCUAAAUCCCCCCGCCUACUUAAUAUUGUUAGGUGCAUAAACCUCACUUGGUCAUAAAAAAGUCUCCUCAUUGACCAUAGUAUCACCAAUUGUAGGUUUGCAACUGACGAUGAACAAUCUGUCGUUUUCCCAACCCCUUUAAUUAUCGACAAGUUGGGCUUUCGGAUUUUGUUUAAUUUAUUCCUUCACAACAAACAGGGAACAGAUACAGUAACUAUAUUCGGAAUACUACGCUUUCGUUACCAUGCAACCGAAGUAUCGUUUUACACGAGACUGGCACUUUUUUCUUUAAAUUGACACACCUAUUUUGGUUAUAGUUACGCCCUCUAAAGCAACACUGUUGACAUUAUUUUGUAAACUUUCCUUAAACUGGUGAUUUGUGUACAGCACAUUUAAAGUCAUUAAUAAAUAUAAAGUGUUCAACCUUCACACUGAUCAACUAAGUCAAGAUCAAUCGUUAUUGGGGACUCCGUUGUCCCAAAUGGGGCAGCAGUUGUGGAUGGCUCUGUGGUUGUUGUCGGUGCCUCGGUAGUAACCGGAUUAGGUGUUGAUGGUGCACUCACUCUACGCCUCCUCCGACGUCGUCUUCUCUCAAGCCAAGCAUCCCCAGGAGAGAUCAAGUCUGCUAGCAGUGCCAAGGCCAGUAAUGCACAAAUAAUCUUUGCCAUGAUUGUAUCUCUGAAAAAAAAAAUCGAUAGCCAAUCAAACACUUCCUCAUCGCAGUAACUACAGUCUCAGUCAAAAUGGUUGGGACACUAUGGGAUCUCCUUGUCCCCUCAAUGUUGGUGUACAAGAUUUGGUGACCGAACCGCGAUAAACAACUUUGAGAGGGACGAGGGAAGCACGAGAAGGGAAAAAACAGCGUUUGGUUAAAGUGUCCCAACUAGUUUUGUCUGAGACUGUAGCUCACAAGCCCUUUAUAUAAACAUAAAGACCUAUCCUUUUAUUAGUUAGUUCCUUUCCCCUGAGCACCGUGAGUAGGGCAGAAAAACACGAAAGUUUUCUGGCACCAAUCAGAGGUCAGAACGGCGGUGACCGUUUGGAACUGGUCUAGUAAGACAUUGUCUCCAGGGGCUCUUCUCGCCGUUCUUUACUUUUCUUCUAGCCAUAUUUUUCUGCCCGUUUAGACUUUCCCUCGCCCCCACUAUCUGCCCCUGGGUCUCCGAGGAUGGCAAAAAUGAUGAUAACCUGAUGCAGUUUCUUUGAUAUCUUCUUCACAUCUCUAACGGAGCAUUUUUUUUUUAAAGGCACUAAUUAAGUACUGAUUCAGUUUAGCACAGAAUUGACCCGUAAUAUCCUCCUGAUAUAAAGCCCCUUUAAAUUUGAUCGUAUAGAAAUUGACUUUAUUUUGAUACCCUGGGAGGUUUGAGCGAUGUUCGUAUGACCUUGAAAAAAUGGUUUCGGUAAGAGUUCGUUAUUUGUUUCAUCAGCCAAGAGAUGUAAAAUGUAUGCUGUUUACGCUCUGACGUCAUCGUUUUAUUUUGUUUACUUGUAACUAUUUAGUACUGAGUUUUGUUACUGUAUCAUCGGCUAGGAAAUGUUACCACCGGCUCUAUUUUUAACGCAGAACAACGGUGGAUGAAGAAAUUCCAAAAAAUUGUCUUAAAGAGUUAUCCAUGGUUCAUAAAGCAUAACGUAUGAUACUAGCAAUAAAAAUAAUAAAUCCGUUAUAUACCCUCGGCAGUAUUUAUAGCACUAAUGAUAGUGGGACCGAGUAAAUGCCUGAAACAAAUAACUUAAAUCAAACAUUAUGGGGUUAAGAAUCCCGACUGGCAAGAGGCAAACCAGUUGGCUAUUUACUGAAGCGUGGUGGAGGAUUUGAAUUCCAGCUAGUGUUCAGGGCGGGAGGUGAUCAACACUUGGCCUUCAACUUGUUGCAAGUCCAUCGCUCUAACCGCUCGAUCACUCCGCUGGCUCCCUUAGUCAAGAUUAAAGCUUUCUUUUCGUACAACGAAGCUCGUCUCAAAUAUCUAUAAAUAGCUCAGCAGAUAGCUGCGUUUAUAUGGUUUGGUUCAUUUAAGCGCAGUUACAAUGUUCACUCCACGACAAUUUAUAGGGUGGUAGCUUUGACGGUCUAUUUUUUUUCCAGUUUUGACGGUACCCUGGGUGCCAGAAACUUUUCUAGCGCGGUUUUCGUUGUCGGCCUUCUGCCAACGAAAAUUCCCGCCGCACGCGAGAAAAACCUCUGAUACCCAGAGUAGGCUGACUGUUGAAUUUUAGAGCUUUGUUAUUAAGAGGAAAUUUAGUCCAAAAGUUGAUGUAAAUAUUAACUUUUCUAUUAAUUUUAACUGAUGUGCUUUGAAGGUUGUCUUGGCCUUUCAUUUUUGAAAUAUCGAAAUAUUUUCAGAUAUAAGCGGUUGUAAGGUAUUGUAAUGUCUAAAAAGAGUGUUUUUGAGAACAUGGGAACUGGUUUUUGCAGUUUAGAUAUACUCUAACUACAGAAGCCGGAAUUCGGAGGAGAUAAAGGAUUUGAAAUACGUUGAAACUUUUUGACGGCUGUUUCUUAACCUGCAUUUUUUACGGUCGAGGAAAAAAAACCCCUUUUUUCGACGGUUGACGGUAAAUUUUUAGGCCGUUUGACAGUUGACGGUUAAACCCCAUUGAGAUCCGCGUUUUUUGCUUUCAUAAAACUAGAGAAUCAUUCUCCUCCAACUCAAUGAAACAACUACGAAGGAACCAUUGGAUAUCAGUUAAACCCCCGAAACUUACCUUAGAUUCAACUCUCUCGCUUCCUCACUGAUCUGUAAAACCGGUCCUUGAACUCCGAGCUCAAUUUUAAUUUAUGUAAGCAACACAGCUGCAAUCGUAACUGGGAAAAUCUAAUUGCAACCAAAUUUUUAAAGGUGCGAAAAAACUCAGUUCUGAAUAAAUAUAUAGAGGUAGCUAACUAAAGGCUAAAAGGGAAGCUCUCUUAGAUAAACUAAUUUAAAUAAUUUAUUCAAACAAAAAUAAACUUGAAAUUACAGUGUAAUUUUAGGAAAAACAAUCUGCAAGCAAACUGUAGGCUAUUCCAACAUAAAAAUGUCAAGUGUGUAAAAUGUUAUCGUUGUUAAACAAGAAAGUACAAUCAGUAUUUAUCCUAAAAAAAUAUAAUGCUAAACGGCUACGGCAACCAGAACAACAAAAAAUCAAUAUUUACGGUAGGUCUAAUUAGCAAAACAACAACUUCAUUUGCCUUGAGGCACACUUUUCUGUACAUUUCUUUGCCGUUGUUGUUGUAAGAGAACAACGUGAAACUUCCUACUUACACGUUUUUAAGCUUAAUUAAAAACAAUGAAAAAUUCCAUCAGGCAAAUACGAAAGCUAGACGCGUAUGUUGCAAAUGAAUCCAUCCGUGGUAUGUGCUCACCACUAAAUUCAUGGUCAUGUUCACUUUUUUUUCUGCACUGCUGCUCAUUUUCACUUUGCUGGUCGCUAUGGCAUUUCUCAUUUUCUUACCGCCGCUAAAAAAGUAUUCAUGUUUUUUUUCAACGAAAUCAGUCUCCCUUGUAUUUUCCUCUCGCUUUAGCUAGCUCCUUCUCGGUUAUCCACGUCAGUGUAUGUAGACACAGCUUUGUAGUCUUAUUCACACUAAAAGUCCGGUUGGCCAAGCGAUCACUAAAACGCGUGGGCGCUUGAAUGCAAAAUGUUACCCCGGCUUACAAGUAAAUAAUGGACGUCGGACAAUAUGGACGGACGGACAGACGGUCACGUGAUUCAUAUAUCGCCAAAUGGACCAUUUGCGUGAAACGGUUUUUUUUUGGCCAAAAAUCUCCCAGGUAGCUAUUAUAAAAACUAGGAGUGCAGGCAUUGCUUUUUUCUUCCCCUCCUUUCCUUCUCUUCGCUUUUUCUUCCCUCCUCUCCUUUUCCUUCGUUACUGUGACUUUGGAGCUUCUCGGGCUUGAAAAACCCAACCUUUGACGCCUUUUCACUCAAAUGACUACAAAUUUCGUUAGGUUGGUUUUCAAAAAAUUGGCUAUAUAUAUAUAUAUAUAUAUAUAUAUAUAUCACGGCAAGCCUGGGAAUCAGGGAGAUCAGUCUCCAACUUUUCAUUUGCUCAGUGCAACAAGGGUAGUGGCACGAUAGUGAAAAGCGUGACUCUAGCAGAACCGCAUGGGUCUAAGUAGUUCUUUUAUGUUAUGUUGGAAAGAUUGUUUAAAGUAAUUCGCCUGUAGAUCUAUGACGUCAUAUCUACCACCAUCUUGAAUUAUUCGAUAUGAAAUUUCAGAUUUGUCAAAAUGUUAUUCAAAUUACUGUCAAACACAGAAAACCGAGAACACCUGAAAAAUUUCAGGAAUGUUGAUUGUGUGGUGACCGAUCACCGCAUAAAGUUCAGAACACGCGAAUGAAACUCAAAACCACAAACUCAUUGUGGUUGCUGUUUGCGGUUUAGUUUUCUCAUCCCUUAUUGGCUUUUCUUGCAAUACAAUAACAUUCCAUAAAUAUUUCUGGCGUUCACACUUUUGUGGGUUUACAAUAACAAACUUUCCAGUUUCACUGAAAACGUGCAACAUAGGUAAAGAAAUCACGCUGGAACAUUGCAUUAGUCAAUUGUAUUUUGAUUAAAAAGAGAGAAAAACAAACAGGAGAUACAUACAGUAACUAAAAAUCAGAAUAACUAAACCAGCGUUACCAAGCAACCAAAAAAAGUGACGUUUAACGCAACAUUUUGCUUUGAAUUGAUACACCCAUUUUAUUUAUAUUUGCACCCUUUAAAGAAACACUGUAUAUAAACUCUCCUUUGACUGGAAAUUGGUGGACUGCAUACUUAAAGUUAUAAAUAAAAAUAAAGGUAUUCAAUCUUCACACUGAUCAACUAAGUCAAGAUCAAUCGAAAUUGGGGGCUCCGUUGUUCCAAGUUGGGCAGCCGUUGUGGAUGGCUCUGUCGUCGGUGGCUGAGUAGCGGUCGUUGACGGCUCUGUUGUUGUUGUCUCCGGCUGUGUAGUUGUCGUCGGCGGCUCUGUUGUUGUCGUCGGUGGUUCUGUUGGUGUCGUCGGAGGUUCUGUUGUUGUCGUCGGCGGUUCUGUUGUUGUCGUUGGUGGCUCUGUUGUCGUCGGUGGCGGUGUAGUAGUCGUCGGUGGCUCUGUUGUCGUCGGCGGCUGUGUAGUAGUCGUCGGUGGCUCUGUUGUCGUCGGCGGCUGUGUAGUUGUCGUCGGUGGUUCUGUUGUCGUCGGUGGCUCUGUUGUCGUCGGCGGCUCUGUAGUAGUCGUCGGUGGCUCUGUUGUUGUCGUCGGGGGCUGUGUUGUUGUCGUCGGAGGAGGUGUUGUUGUCGUCGGCGGUGGUGUAGUUGUGGUGGGCGGUUGUUUUGUAGUAAUCGGGGCCUUGGUGGUAGCCGGUAUUGGUGGUAUUCUGAUUCUGAUUGGUGGUAAUUUG